UUUCGGUCACAUAUGUUUACCGCUGAAAUUGGACGUAAACGUAAAAAGGCACCUUGAGUGAUAUGUUUUGCACAUUUGUAAAUAAUACAAAAUUAGUUGUGCAACGAUUAAUAACGGACAUACUUGCCGUUAUUGUGAAUUUCAGACUCUUUCGUACUUCGCUGAACUGUCUAUGCAAUGGCUAUAAUAACGGACUUACCCAUUGAUGUGAUUAUUAUCAUCUUGUGCGAUGAGAGCAUCAGCUUUAAGGAUAUUAUGAGCUUAGCUCUCUCAUUCAAUUUCAAUUUCUACAACUCAUUAAUCGAACUCAAUACGCUUUGGCGGAAGAAAUUUUAUCAGAGAUGGCCUCAUCUAAGAGAAGAAUACAACGAACAACUGUGCCUAGAAAAUAAAGGUUUUUUUGAACAAGUAAAAGCAGGUGUAAAAUCUAAGAAAGAAUUAUGGCAUUAUUUGUCGCUGAUGUCUGAGAAACACUAUUACAAAGAUGAUUUAUUUGAUGUUGACUUUAGGGAUUUUGAUUCACUGAUUGAUCCAGAUAAAGGCGCAUAUUUUAUGAAUUAUUAUUUCUUUGUAAAUGAACUGAGAAGGUUGCUUACAGAAUCUCCAAUGGAAUCUGAUUUGACACAAAGAUAUUACGCAGAGAAGCUUCUUUCAUACCUGCAGCGUUAUCGUUUAAGGAAAAAGGUGCACGAAUUUAUAAAUUAUCCUGAGAAACAACAGAUUUUAGAAAAGGCACUCUUCAGUUUCGCACAAUGGUAUCAACCCGAAAAAUAUGUGUCUUACUCGUAUGUGAGUACGUCACUAGAUAAGAUUGCACAGCAGGUAUUGGAGUGCCUUAAAAAUAAAUAUUUUGCGCAUCCAAUAUUCAAAAUAUCAAUCGAGCAGUUUUCCGUUUGGAAAUACAAUAAUAUUGAUGACAAUCAUUGGAAUAGCAUAGAAGGAAAACAGAUUAUAGAGAGUCUUUGUAAAGUUUUACAUAAUGAAUUACAUUUACAUGAAAGUUUGUCUUCCGAUUAUUUCUGUUCGAUAUUUAUAGAAUACUUUUGUAUAGAUUGCGUUUUAAAAGAUAAAGUUGGUAAUGCGAUAAUUCUGGCAACAAUAUAUCAUAGUGUGGCGAGAAGACUUGGUAUACGCUGCGAUAUAAUAUUUCGUAAACGUACUAAUGACUACUUCUUAUGCUGGAGACCGAAAUAUCAUACCACAAAACCCAAAGAAAAAGAAUGUUUUUGUAUUGACUUCAUGCGUAAUGGACAAAUGUCGAGUAGAAAUGACUGUCCUAUAAUUAAUAGUGCAGAAUAUGGUAUUGAUGAGUAUACGAAGGAAAGUCCUGUAGAGGUGAUGUCAUAUAUGAAUGCUAAUUUGGAUUCAGCAAUUAAAAACAAUCAAAUUUCACAACAGUCGCAUUUGGAAUUACAGUGUCUAAUAAAACCAGAUACACGUGCAAUUCAUGAACUAGGUAACAUAUAUAUACGGCGGCGGAUGGAUUUAGCCAGUCUCAUAGUUAUAUUGGAGAAGAUUCAGGAUAAUUGUAAGAUUUCUGACCCUAUAGAGGCAAGUUACGCCGAAAAGUUAUUGAAUAAAUUUAGGAAUCAUGUAAAUCCAGUUAUGCCAUUUUGCGAUCAAAUAAUACCAAAGCAAAGGACAACAAAUAUAAAAUUUGCAGUUGGAAUGAUCGUAAGAUUUAAUAAUAAUUUUUUUAUGAGCGAAUAUUUACUGAAGCUUAUAGCUGUGAUAAUUGGAUGGGACGAGAGACGUAAAACAUACAGUAAUAUCCGAGAGAUUAUCCCUCGCUUGUUUUUGAAUGAAGCUUCUUUAAAACCACAUUACAAAAUCCUCUGUCACGAUGGUACAAAGUAUUACGUCUCCGAAAUGUAUUUAACAAUGUGUAAUGAAGCAUCAUGGAUUAAUUACAAAGAUAUUGGUCGAUAUUUUUGUAAAUUUGAACACUCUUAUUAUGUACCAAACAAAAUGCUAGAAAAACAUUAUCCACAUGAUAAACUGAAACUAACUACAGGAUCCCCUGAUAUAACUCAUUGACGUUAGGAAUGGCUAAAAGGAUUUCAUUUAUUUUAUGAUUCAUAUUUGUUCAUUACAUAUGAUUUUUAUAUAUACAUAUAUACGAACGCAUACA